AUGGCCGCUCAGUUAUACAAAACAGACUCAGGAAGACUCUUCCACGCUGGCGCCAUAGCCAUAGUGACGGUUGGAUUGCCAGCAAGAGGGAAAACUCACGUCGCUCGAUCGCUAUGUCGGUACAUGCGUUGGCUAGGUGUAACUACCAAGGUGUUCAGCGUUGGUAACUACCGCAGAGACCGACUUGGAAGCAUGCCCAACUCCUGGUUCGAUCCAAAUAACAAGUCUGCCAAAGCGGACAGAAUUAAGAUUGCCAACGACUGCCUUGAAGACCUCAUCAAGUGGAUUACAGUGGAUGGCGGUCAGGUAGCGGUGUAUGACGCAAAUAGUGAGAGCGCAGAAAGGAGACAAUACAUUUUUGAUCGCCUCAAUGAAGAGCAGAUUCAUCCUGUAUUUAUCGAAUCUAUCUGUAACAAGCCAGAAGUUAUCCAAGCCAACAUAAGAAGUGUGAAAAUAUCGUCACCAGAUUAUAUUGGCUGGGAUCCAGAACAGGCUGUUAAAGAUUUUGAGCAACGAAUCGAACAACAUAUGGCCACGUACGAAACAAUGACUGACCUUAGCCAACCGUUUGUCAAGCUGAUGAAUGUUGGAGAGCAAAUCAUCGUCAACAAUGUUCAUGGAUAUUUACAGUCUAGAUUAGUAUUCUAUCUGAUGAACUUGCACAUCCAACCAAGGACUAUUUAUUUUGCAAGGCCUGGACCUUCAAUGAAUGACAUGCGAUAUAAGGAAGAUCCCGAUUUGGCUCCAGAAGGUCAUGAAUACGCUGAAGCGCUCAAAGAUUUCCUACUUUCAUACCGUGCUCGACAGCGGCAAAUUAAUGCUAAAGAAGAAGACAAACGGCCAUUGAAUGUAUGGACGUCUGCAAGGAAACGCUCAAAGCAAACAGCGCUACAUUUUGCAGAAGAAGGAAUCAUUAUCCGGCAACAGACUACUUUAACUCAGAUAAACCCUGGAGAAUGUGAUGGAUUGACACCUGAAGAAAUCAAGGAGAAAUUCCCUGACGAGAUUGUCAAAGCUCAGAAGGAGCCAUACACUCACAGAUUUCCUCGAGCUGAGUCUUACCAUGAUUUAGCUGUUCGCCUGGAAUCAGUCAUUAUGGAAUUAGAACGAGAAAAGAAUGAUGUUUUGAUCAUCGCUCACGAUUCAGUAUUGAGAUGUCUAUAUGCUUAUCUCUUUGACAGGACCGAAGAUGAAAUCCCUCGAAUUCCCAUUCCUAGAAACACCUUGAUUGAGGUCACGCCUACAGCGUAUGGGGCCAAAGAGUCAAGAAUGCAAUUUAUUGAAACUGACCACUCCCCACACUACGAAUUUGAACACUAA